AUGUCCAGCCCUUCGAGACCCUCCAACGAUGCGUCGUCCCCGCUGCCAACCGGUGAUCCGAACCCGCCGACCUAUGCCUCCUUCACUCCCUCCACCCUCGGCCAGUCCACGCCGCAGACCAAGUUGAGAUCCGCGAUAUUGGUGCACCAGAAGUCCCCUCUGCUUGCUGCUACACCGCCUCAGAUCACCCGUGUUCUUGCGUACUCGCACCCUUUCAUCCUGCCGUUGAACAAACUGGUUGGGCUGUUAACAUGGACAACCGGAGACCCGUGGGAGAGCUUCCUCUUGGUUGCCAGCUUCUGGGCGAUAGUCAUGUAUGGUGAUGCUGUGACGAGAUAUGCCGGGCCGAUCAUUGUGGUGUCAGGCUUGAUCUUGGGCAUGUACACUCGAAGAUACUCGCCACUCUCGUCGACUGGGUGGACUGGUGAGAAAGGGCAGAAAGUCCAUAAGAGAGCGGAAUCUGAGAGCGACAUCAAGCACCACAAAAGCUUGGAAGACAUCGUCGACAUGUCGCUCAGCUGGCACUCGCGGCCCGCACGUGUGACUCGUACUCUCAUGUGGAGAUCGAGAAUGGUCCGCAAGACAUGUGCCUUCCUCACUGGCCUGGACUUUGGCGACACCAUCUCUGCAGACAAAAAGGGAGCACCACCACUCCCUCCCCGCAAAAAGAGCACGCAAGAAGUGGCAGCAUCUCUGGCAGCUAAGCGCCGCCCAGAAUCAACCGGCGUGCGCUUUACCUUCUCCAUCUACGAGAAUCAACGGCGCUGGCUGGGCAUCGGUUGGACAUCCUCCAUGCUCGCCUACGAACGCGCCUCCUGGACCGACGAACACCUCAACGCGGUCCCACCGAAAGACCAAUUCGAGCUCCCCGAAGUUGAAGGCGGCCAAUCCCGCUGGCGCUGGGUGCAAGGCAGCAGCUGGAAAAUCGAGACGGGCGGCGACACCAAAACCACCACCAAGGACGAUGCAGGAUGGAUAUACUAUGAUAACAAGUGGCGUGAUGGACGCAGAGGCCUCGAUGGCUGGGGGCGGUAUACGCGCAGGAGGAAAUGGUACCGCGAUGCUGAACUCGUGGAGUCUACGCCGUCGACAGAAGUCACGCCUGUUCCGACGCCCAAGCAUGCGCCUGUUGAUGACGACCAACUUGCCAAGUUCCCGUCUAAUCUCAGCGUGUCGACGGCAGAUACGACGCUGGUCGAUGACGCGGCAAGCGUGGUGUCGGACACUGAUGCUGCGAGUACGAAGAGUAAGAGGAGCUGGUUCAAGAAGAAAAGAAGGAGUAAGAGCACGAGUGGGAGUGUGAGUGGGAUCACGGUGGCGAGCGCGGGGACGGAGGGGAGUAGACGGAGUGAGGAGGAGGAUGUCCAUAGUCCGCUUGAGAGGACGAGGGAGGACGAUUGGAGAGGCGUGGAUGACAUUAGGCAACAUCUUGAUAUUUAG